UUCAGUCUCCACGAAAAACAUUUCUUACGAUACACUUGUACGGAAACCUCGUGGGGAAAUAACUGUACAGUUCUGAAUUAUAGCGAAAUCUAUUAUACCAUCCUGCAAGAUAUUGGUUUAUCUUACAUAAGGGAAAGAUUCAGCAUGUCCAGUGACGGUGAAGAGGUUGAAGUUGAAAUAAAUGAGAACCAUAUUGAUGAUGGCCAAGCCAAGAAUUUCCACUGGCACAACGACCAUGUACGUAAGCUAGCAAGGUUUGUCAUGUCGAAGUUGGCUGAGGGUGAUGAUUUGGCACCGUACGAUACUGUCAGUAUAGACUGGAACAACGUGGAGGAAGAGGUUGGUGUGGACGCUGAAAAGUGCCAACGAAAAUGGAAGCUUCUGAUGAACUCUGUGCGGACAUACAGGACAAUGCCAGAGAUAGUGCUAGAUAUUCUAUCACAAAAUUCUAGGACAGAGAUCACAAAAAAUAACAAGCAUCAGGUUGUGGGAAGGACAUUACAGUCACAUCAAACAAAAGAUGGAUCACUGACAGUCAUUAAGAAGAAAAAAAAGAGAAAAAUAAAUCCAGAUCACCCGAAAAGACCAAAAGUGAGUGGUUAUUCAAUUUUCUGUAGUGAAAUGGUGAAAAAAUACACACACAUCUCGGGAAUACCUCUGAUGCUCCAACUGGGAGCUUUGUGGAAACAGUUGCCAGAAGAUGAAAAGAUGCGGUAUAAUCUUGCUUGUACAAAGGAAAAGGAAGCAUACUUGGUGAAGGUGGAAGAAUAUGCCAAGCAACAUCCAGAAGAUUUAGAAAUCAAAGAAAUUCUGGCUGAAGAGACUGCUAAAAUGAGAAAGCCAAAGCGUUCAAGAAGCAAAAAGUCUACAACAAAGAGGAAUGAGACGGAGAAGGAACAGAGAGAUUUUGUAAUGGCAGAUGAGAAAGUGGAUGAAAAAGUAUCAACAAAUGAGUCAGACAGUAUAUUAGAAACACCUAAGAAAUCACCGAAGAAAAAGAGACAUAAUGAAGAAGACAGCCAGGAUUCCAGUCCAAGUAAGAAGAAGAAGAAGAAAACAAAGAAAGAAAAAGUUUGGACUGCUGAAGAGAUGUUUAUUGAGACCAAGAUUGAUGGAUAUAGGUUAGAUCAUGCUGAUAUGGAUGACGAUGACAUCAGGGAGAAAUUAAUUAGAAAAUUUAACAAACUGUCGGAAGAGAAAAAGGCUAAGUACAAGAGAAAGGCAGAGGAGAAUAGCUGAACAAAAAAUCUAUUAGACUUUCCUAGGGACUUUGAAAUCAGGGAAAAUUUCUGGAAAACUGUUGAUCUCAGAUAGAAAUGCCUGGCUCUGUGAUUGAAACAAAUGUUGAAUCUUUGAACAGGGAACUUAAGAUUCAUGACUUUUUGGUGCUCAAAUUAAAUUGUGUUCAUGCUUAGUGGCCAAGACUUUGUUACUUGGGUGAGUGAUUUUGAAGUCCAGUAGAAAAUCUGCAAUGGAUAAUAUGAACUGGGACUGGAACAUUCGUCAGGGAUGAAACAGGUGGAGUUUAGAUAGUUAUGGAAGAUUCAUCAGAGCUGAAACAGGUGGAGUUUAGAUAGUUACGGAAGAUUCAUCAGAGCUGAAACAGGUUAUGAACAUUCAUCAGAGCUGAAACAGGUUAUGAACAUUCAUCAGAGCUGAAACAGGUUAUGAACAUUCAUCAGAGCUGAAACAGGUUAUGAACAUUCAUCAGAGCUGAAACAGGUUAUGAGCAUUCAUCAGAGCUGAAACAGGUUAUGAACAUUCAUCAGAGCUGAAACAGGUUGAGUUUACAUAGUUAUGGAAAUGUGUGAUUCAUAUGGAUAUUGUACAUGUAUGUUUAUACAUGGAAUUCAUUUUAAAAUACAAACAAAAUAGCAGCUGUCAUUUUACAGAAGCAUGUUUUGUAAUACUAGUGUAUUAUUUAUGUCACUUGUUUUAAUUCUUCUAAAGCAGAGCUCAACUGGUUUGUGUGAUAACCUUACUGUUGUUUUUUUUGCUCCCUGGUGAGGAAGCAUAUAGUGGCCACUUCGUUCAACCAUCUGUCCUGCAGUUCUUGUUUAGAGUAUUUCUCAUCAACCACUGGUUAGAAUUUAGCGAAACUUUUUAGGAAGGUUCACUAUCAAGAGGAGAUGCUAUUAUUGUCUUCACGGUCCAGUCAGAUGAUUUUUCACAGAGUUAUUGCCCAUUGGUUAUUCAACAGUAGUUUACUAUAGUACAAUUAUUGUCCGGAGUAUCUCUCAGCAACCACUGGUUGGAAUUUAGCAGAACUUCAUAGGAAGCUUUGCAAUCAGGAGGCGAGACAUAUGUUUUGUCUCUGUGUUCCGUUCGGAUGAUUUUUCGCCGAGUUAUCACUCUUUGAUAAUUCAACAGUAGUAUACUAAAAAUUACUAUAGUACCAUUUAUUUCCGGAUUAUUUUUCAGCAACUACUGGUUGGAAUUUAGUGAAACUUCAUUUGAAACUUUACAGUCAGGAGGAGAUAUGAGUUUUGUCUCGUUCUGAUUAGAUGAUUUUUCACUGAGUUAUUGCCCUUUGAUUAUUCAACAACAGUACCAUUUCUUGUCUGGAGUAUUCUUCAGCAACCGCUGGCUGGAAGUCAUUGAAACUUCAUGGUAAGCUUCAAUCAUGGUAUAUUUUCUACAUGUUUGGGUCGGAUGAUUUUCACUGAGUAAUUGUCCUUUGAUUAUUCAACCUAAGUAAACUAUCCCGAACAAUACAUGUGCUCAGUUUAGUUCUUUUAACCUUUAUCCUGCUGGCGGCAAGUGAUUCUGCCUUUGGGACCAUUGCAGACUAAGAUCAGCCUGCAUGGAUGUGCAGGCUGAUCAUGGUCUGCACUGUUCGCUAUUCAGUCAGUAAAUUUUCAGUGAACACCCCUUUGAAUAAUAAGUAGUACUGCCCUAAUUGAAUAAUGAACUAGUCAAUUUUAGAAAUUUAGCAAAGUAAAGAUUAAUAUUCUAGUUUUGAGGAGCAUACCUGUAUUUUCUUAUUUUCUUUAGCAAUAUUUUCCUCAGCUUCUUAGAUAUUAUACAGUCCUGUACAUAAAAACAAACCAGGUUGUUGCUUUUGCGAGGACAUUAGGAAAGUUAUACUUCUAUUAAAAAAUGGGACAUACUCUAUGAAGGGGCCCAGAAAUGGGUACCUAAAAUAAUCUUUUUGCGUAGCAGCAUUACGUGAAAUUAGCUCCUGAUUUGUUAAAAGUGAUUUUCUGUAUAUCUGAACCAUUGAAUUGAUGCAUUAUAAGUCUGUAUACCUAGUAAUAGACAAGUGUGGCAACUGUAUUAGAAGUGAAAACAACAAUGAAUUGCUAAUUGAAAUGCAUGGGCUUCACUUAAAUUGUAAAUCUUCUUGUUUCUUACCAUUCUUUAUUGGAUUACUGCAUACAUAGUUUGAAGUGUAAAUAUUUUAUAAACCUGGGACACCUCACUAGACAGCUGCUUGCCCAUUUCUAUGGGAAACAGAGCCCUCUGAACAUCUUGACUGAUUUUUAUAAGAUGUAGAUAUGUAAGCAAUUUUGACAAAGAUUUUCAAGAGUUACAUAGUUUGAAUGUUUACUGAUGGUGAAAUUGAUUUUAUGAAAGAAAAUUAUUAAUUGAUUUAAUUACGAAGUGCCAACCUUAUCUAUGACCGAUGUUGUCUUGCAAACCAAUAGAGAUCUUUAAAUGAUACAAUGUGCUUAGGCGUAAAAAAAAAUUCUUUGUUUCCAGUAUCCCCGACCUACCCUAAAUUUUUGUCCCCACCCUAAAUGUUUUUAUGGCCUUGGAGAAUAUUUUUUUCAACUUUUUGACAAAAAGUUGCCAAGCUGCACUUUUUAUGCUUUGAACAUAGUCAGUGAUGUUAGAAAUCAACUUCCUGAAGCUCUAAAGGCAUAACCCCAUUAUUUGUAUUCAUUUUUUGACACAAAAAUAAUUUCCGAAAAGUCUCCCUUGAUAAAAAAAAAAAAUCCAAAAAAAAAAAUUUUUUUUUUCUGACCUACCUACGGUACCCUAAUUUUUUUGAGCAUGUUACUGGAAACAAAGAAUUUUUUUUUUACGCCUUAUCAUGUUUUAAUCUAGAAAUGAUGUGCUGAUUACUCAUUACAUUAAGAGUGGUAUAUAAAAAUCUGAUUGCUGUCCAUCCCUCAGUUCAUUACUCUAUCUGAAAAGAUUUUGAAAUUGCACAAUAUUUAAUUUUGUAGACCUCGGGCAGAGAUAUAAAUUAGCACUCAGCAGCUAGUUUUCAGCUGGACUUGUAACUUCAAAAGUUUUGGGGCCCAGACUAAAACUUUGGGAUCAAACUAUGUUUCAUAAUACAUUACAAUAUGCCAGAUAAGUUCUUAUUUAUUUUCAUAUUGUGACUGAUGCAUAAAUGUAUUAUAGUUAAUGUAAAUUAUUAAAAUUUGUUCAUUUUGAUGACGCCUUUCUAACGUCAAACAAAAUAAUUAAAGCCAUUUUGCUUAACCUUUAGCCUGCUGGUGGCAUGUGAUUCUGCCUUUGCGACCAGUGCAGACCAAGAUCAGCCUGCACAUCCUGAUGAUGGUCUGCACUGUUCGCUGUUCAGUAAGUAAAUUUACAGUAAAAACCCCUUCGACUAAUAAAUGGUACUGCCUAAAUUGAAUGAUGGACCAGUCCAUUAUUAAAGUUUAACAGGGUAAAGAUUAAUAAAUACCAAUGUUCAGUAAAAUUUGCUAUUUGGGACCUCAGUAUUGUUAUUGAAUCAAGAUAAAUGAGCAUAAUUACUGAAUGCUAGAACUUUGGCUGCGUGAUUGGGAUGCUCGCUACCAUAUGUGCAGCAGGAAUUAAAGAUGUACUGUAUAUGUUAACGACUGUAGUCUAUUUUUCCAGAAAACUUUCAUCUUACUGAAAUAUUGUCAUUUUGAUACUUAAUAUUCAAUCAAACUAACUGCAAUUUUUAAAAUAAUUCAUUCUAGAAUCUUUCAUGGGUGCAGAUAUCAGAUGGUUGGUAAAUUGAUAAUUAGUAUAAUUAGGUGAAGCAUAUAUCGGUAAUCUUAAUUGGACAGCCACAUGACUCAUUGAAAGUUGAAAUUUAUAAAUAAAAUGAUAGGAAAUCCCAGUAUAUUGCUGUUUGCCGGAUUGGCGAUACGUCUUGAAAGGCUGAUUGUCCAGCUUAAAACACGGUUGUUGUAGGCAGCUGGACAAGAGCUGAUUUUCUUAGAUAUAUUCUUUUCCAAGUUCAGGUCUUUCUUACACGUAAGUUUUGAUAAAACCUGAAAGAAGUUUACCGUUGGGGGCCAAAUUUGUUGAAAUUUACUUGCAGAUUUUGCCCAGAUAUUGUAUUUAAGUUUGAAAUUGUCUUCAAAUUUUAUCUUGCAACUAAAGACUGUUGCUGACAUUAUAUUUUAGAUGGGAAUAUAAAAAGCAGUUGCAGAUUUUUAUUGUUCUAUUCUAAUGUUACGGUAUAUAUUGUUGGAUGUACAUGUACUACAUGUCAUUAGUACUAAAUGUGUUCUUUUAUAAUUCAAACUGUGUAUUUUUAAAUCAUUUUAUAAAACUGUAUUGUAUUUAACAAAAUCAGUAAACAAAUGACAUUUGUU